CGGCGCCUUUCUGACAUGGAGAAUUCCUUACUUCAACUGCAGAAUGAAGAGGAGCCAGGUGAGACUGCGCCGGUGGUGAGCGAUGCCCCUCCGCCCUACAGCAGCAUUUCUGCGGAGAACACAGCUUAUUUUGACUACAAGGAUGAGUCAGGAUUCCCGAAGCCGCCGUCGUACAACGUGGCCACCACACUGCCCACUUACGACGAGGCAGAGAGAACCAAGGCUGAGGCCACCAUUCCCUUGGUUCCUGGGAGGGAUGAUGACUUUGUGACACGGGAUGACUUUGAUGACACUGACCAGCUGAGGAUAGGAAAUGAUGGCAUUUUCAUGCUCACCUUCUUCAUGGCAUUCCUCUUCAACUGGAUUGGAUUUUUCUUGUCUUUCUGUCUGACUACUUCAGCUGCAGGACGAUAUGGGGCCAUUUCUGGGUUUGGUCUGUCUCUUAUUAAGUGGAUCCUUAUUGUCAGGUUCUCCACCUAUUUUCCCGGUUACUUUGAUGGUCAGUAUUGGCUUUGGUGGGUCUUCCUUGUACUAGGUUUUCUGCUGUUUCUCAGAGGAUUUAUUAAUUAUGCAAAGGUUAGGAAGAUGCCAGACACUUUUUCCACUCUCCCCAGAACCAGAGUUCUCUUUAUUUACUAAAGAUGUUUUCUGGCAAAUGUCUUCCUGCAUUAGUGAAUUCCCCCCCCAAGAAGCAGCAGGACACCUGCAGGAAGUGAAUCAAGGCUCUGGAGCAGAAGAAAAAAUAAUCACCUGCUUUAAAAUAAAUAAAUAAAAGUACUGUUGGAAAAAGAAAAAA